AUGGAUAACAAACCUCUUUCGAUUAAAGAUUUAAAGGGAAAAUGUUUCCGUUGCGGAAGUCAAGAACAUCAAGCAAAUACGUGUCGAAGCAUAAAUGACACAUGUACCAAGUGCAAGCGAAAAGGCCAUCUUGCUCGAGUUUGUUUACGAUCUACGCAAGCGAACAAACAAAUAGAACAUGAACUCACGGAAGAUCACGACACGGAUAGCUCAACUGAAACAGUCGAUGACAACACACCCUGGGAUAUGAACUUAAUACAAUCCCGUAACACAGAUAAGUUUAUGAUAAACGUGUCUCUCAACAACAAGGACACCGUCAUGGAAGUAGAUACGGGUGCGGCCCUGUCGUCUAUGUCUUACAAAGAUUUCCAGAAAUUAAAUACAGGGUGUAAAAUAUACAAAUCUAAAAUUACAAUGAGGACAUACACGAAAGAAGUUUUCGUACCGUUUGGCGUAGCCUAUGUCACUUGCAAAUGCAAAGAUAAAAUAUUUGAUGGAAAACUCUACAUUAUGAAAGAAGACUUAGAUGCUAUCUUCGGCCGAACAUGGAUACGCGCGAUAAAUUUAUUCGACAUGGAUAAUAUUAAUCAGCUCAAUUUAGAAACACACCCAGACAUCGAAAAACUUAUCUCUGAAUUUCCCAAUGUAUUUGAUGGUACCCUAGGUUGUAUACCUAACUACAAAGGUCGUUUCACCUUAAAUGAAAAUUCAACGCCAAUCUUUGUCAAACCUAGACGCAUUCCAUAUGCGUUAAAGGAUAAGGUAGAUGACGAAAUAGAUCGAUUAUGUAAACAAGGAGUCAUCACAAAGAUUGACAACUCAGAAUGGGGGACACCUGUUGUACCGAUUGUCAAACCUAACGGUAGCAUACGCUUAUGCGCAGAUUAUAAGGUCACCCUAAAUAAAUCAAUUAGAGAUGAACAGUACCCCAUUCCUAUCAUAGAAGACAUCCUGGUAGAGAUGAAUGGAGGAGAAUUGUUCUGUACAUUAGACCUUAGCCAAGCCUAUUUACACAUGAUGAUGGACGAAGAAAGUGCCAUGAUGCAGACCCUCAGUACACAUAAGGGAACGUUUAAAGUAAACAGACUCAUGUUCGGGGUCAAAGUAGCCCCUAAUUUAUGGCAAAAAUUCAUGGAUCAACUGCUACAAGGAAUCACCGGCGUCAAAUGCUUUUUCGAUGACAUCAUCAUUCAAGGAUCUUCAGAAAAAGAACUACUGGCUAGACUACGACAAGUAUUACAAAAAUUAAAUGAAAACAACUUGAAACUGAACAAAGACAAAUGCCAUUUUAUGAAGGAGAGCAUUGAGUAUUUAGGGCAUAUUAUUGAUAAAAAUGGUUUACACAAGAAUAAAAACAAAGUAAAAGCCAUUACAGAUACUAAACCACCCAGUAACGUAAAUGAAUUAAGGACCUUCCUUGGCAUGGCUAAUUAUUAUAACAAAUUUAUACCGAACUUGGCUUCAAUAUCUACGCCUUUGAAUAACCUGCUUAAGAAAAACGCACACUUCGUGUGGACACAGAAAUGUGCUGAAAGCUUUAAUAGGAUCAAAAAAGAAAUACUCAGCGAUAGAGUACUGACCCACUUCAACCCAGAACAUCCUCUGGUUUUAGCUACUGAUGCAUCACCUACGGGUCUGGGAGCCGUUCUUUCGCACCGCUUACCGGAUGGAUCUGAUAGACCUAUUGCAUUCGCAUCGCGCUCAUUAACAAGUAGCGAGAAAAAGUACAGCCAAAUAGACAAGGAGGCUACAUCGCUGUUCUGGGGUCUCAAAAAGUUUUUCCAUUAUUGCUACGGACGCAAAUUCAUACUUGUGACUGAUCACAAGCCGCUAACCACCAUUUUUCACCCACACAAGACCUUGCCAGCAAUGAGCACAAUGAGGCUUUUCCACUACGCACAUUUUCUAUCCGGUUUCAACUACACAAUCGAGUACCGGACUUCCAACGAUAAUAGUAAUGCAGAUUAUUUGUCAAGAUUUCCAGUAGAUACAAUAUCUCCCAAUAUAAUUGAUGUACAUACCGCAUUUCAAUUAAAUCAAAUGAACACCAUUGCGGUUGACCGUGUGAAAAUCGCUGAAGAAACGUUAAGAGAUCCCGAAUACAGCAUCCUAUUACAAGCGUUAAUGGCGGGCACGACCGUUCGCCGAUAUGGCUACAACGAUAACGAACUUACCAUUCAAGAUGGGUGUAUCUUAAAGGGAACGCGAGUCAUGAUACCAGCAGGGCUGAGAAAACAUAUAUUGGAUGAAUUACAUUCAGGACAUCUCGGUAUGGUGAGGAUGAAAUUACUAGCAAGAGGCUACGUCUAUUGGAAAAAUAUGGACAAAGAAUUAGAAGACGUAGUAAGAAACUGUCGUGAAUGCCGGCUACACCAAAACGAGCCUCCACCGGUUACACUACACCACUGGGAGCCUCCGACCGGCCCGUGGCAGCGCCUCCAUAUAGACUUCGCGGGACCUCUGAAAGGACAGUCCUUACUUAUAGUUGUCGAUGCUUUCACUAAAUGGGUUGAAAUCUUCCCAACCAAAACGACAACCAGCUCUUGGUGUAUCAGAAAAUUACAUGAGAUUUUUAUUACGUUUGGGUUUCCCUUAACACUCGUUUCUGAUAACGGACGUCAAUUCAUUUCAACAGAGUUCGAAGAUUACCUUAAGAAAAAAGGAGUAGUACAUAAAACAUCCGCACCGUACCAUCCAGCUACCAACGGACAAGCUGAGAGAUAUGUCCAGACAAUUAAAAAGGGUCUAAAAUGCAUGGACGCUGAACCAGGUAAUCUGCACGACAAAAUCUUAGCAGUAAAGGAGCGAUUGUUGAGAACGCCGAGUACUACCACCGGCAAGAGCCCAUAUGAACUUAUGUUUAAAAGAACGAUAAGAAAUAUGUUGCACGUGCAGUUCAAGACCAGGGGGGAAGAUGUGGGGACAAGGCCUGAAAGGUCCGAAGAGAACCACACCGUCCGGUCAUUUACGGUCGGCCAAAGAGUUCAAGCAAGAGAUUAUACUAGCGGACGUAAUAAAUGGCAAUUUGGAACUGUAACUAAAACUCUGGGCCGGCUCCAUUACGAGAUUAAGACGGAUUAUGGAGAUAUUUGGAAAAGACACAUAGACCAGAUGUUGAGCACGGUAAUACCAAUUCAAGAUGCAGAAGACCGAUCAUAG